AUGGACUCCGAUGCCACAUCUAGAUUUGUGCCUGACUACCGUCGUACAACUUUCAAGAAUAAACAGCGUUUCCAGAGUGAGGAAUUAAGAAGAAGAAGAGACAACCAUCAGGUUGAUUUAAGAAAACAAAAAAGGGAAGAAGUCUUAUCUAAGAGAAGAAAUUUCACAGCACCUAGUGGAGGUAAUGACUCUGAAGAUGAGGACGAUCAACUUGGCUCAGGGGCUGGUUUGGGUGCAGGAUUAUCAUCAUCAUCCAAUUUGAAUGGUGAUGCGAAUGGUGGUGGAGCUGCUGACGAAAACCAGUUUUACAACGACCUUCAACAAGAGUUACCGCGUAUGAUGGAAAUGAUUCAGGCAAAUGACUUUGAUUCACAAUUAGCUGCCACUGUCAAGUUUAGACAAAUCUUAUCACGCGAACAUAACCCACCUAUUAACUUAGUGAUUCAAAGUGGAGUAAUUCCAACGUUAGUUGAGUUCAUGGAUGCCAGUCACAGUGAUAUUUUACAAUUGGAAGCUGCCUGGGCUUUAACUAAUAUUGCUAGUGGUAAUUCUGACCAAACAAGAGUUGUCGUAGAUUCUGGUGCAAUUCCAUUAUUUGUUCAAUUAUUAUACAGCCAAUCAUUAGAAGUUAAGGAACAAGCCAUUUGGGCCUUGGGUAAUGUAGCUGGUGAUUCUAGUGAGUAUCGUGACUUUGUAUUGAGCUGCGGAGCAAUGGAACCAGCUUUAUCACUUUUCAAUUCAACCAGAUUGUCACUCAUCCGUACUGCUACUUGGACCUUGAGUAACUUAUGUAGAGGAAAGAACCCACAACCUGAUUGGUCCCUUGUUCAGCAAGCAAUUCCAACUUUGGCCAAAUUGAUUUAUCUGCUUGAUGCGGAAACUUUAGUUGAUGCUUGUUGGGCAAUCAGUUAUCUUUCUGAUGGUACCACCGAAGCUAUUCAAGCAGUUGUUGACGCAAGAAUUCCAAGAAGAUUAGUGGAAUUAUUGGGUCAUGAACUGACUUUAAUUCAAACACCAGCUCUUAGAGCCAUUGGUAACAUUGUUACUGGUAACGAUCUUCAGACUCAAACUGUUGUCAAUGCAGGUGUUCUCCCAGCUUUAUCACCAUUAUUGAAUUCCAGCAAAGAAACUAUUCGUAAAGAAGCAUGUUGGACUAUUUCUAAUAUUACAGCUGGUAAUACCGAUCAAAUCCAGGCUGUCAUUGAUGCCAACUUAAUCCCUCAAAUCAUUAGAUUAUUAAUUAGUGGAGAUUACAAAACCAAGAAGGAAGCUUGUUGGGCAAUUUCCAAUGCUCUGUCAGGUGCCUUAACGAAACCAGAACAAAUUCGCUAUUUGGUACAACAAGGUUGUAUUAAACCAUUGUGUGAUUUGUUAUCUAUCGCUGAUACCAAAAUUAUUGAAGUCACCUUAGAUGCUUUAGAAAACAUCUUAAAGAUGGGUGAAUUAGAUAAAGAAUCAAAGGGUUCUGGAGUUAAUGAAAAUUCUCUUUACAUUGAAGAAGCUGGUGGUAUGGAAAAGAUUAGUGAAUGUCAAAACAAUGAAAAUGAAAAGAUUUACGAAAAAGCAUUCAAUAUCAUUUCAAAGUACUUUUCAGAAGAAGAAGAAGAUUUCGAUGAUCAAGGAUUAGCUCCUCAAACCUAUGGUGACGCCUUUGGAUUUGGUGUUGAACAAGAUCAACAGCAAAACUUCAGGUUCUGA